CAGCCAAAUCUUCCACAUAUAAUUGUAGUCUAUGUUAUCACCUUGAUCGCAGCAGUGUGCAUUGUUUAUCGUUUGAAUCGUUUGCCGGCCGGUGUUUAGUAGAAGUGAAAAUUUUGGUGGUUCUCGAUUUUUUGGAAAAAUGAGCGAGCCAGAGCUUGAAAAUGACAACAACGAAGUCCGGGAUCGUUCCCGAUCUCGUUCCCGUAGUCCGCAGGCACGUCGUUUGUGGGUUCAGGACUUAUUCCUGAUCCGAAACGAAACCGGCAACCGGCUACUGACCGACAUCACGACAUCGGGUAUAUACGAGACGAUGAACCGAUUUUUAAGUAUGAAGAAGGAAUAUUUCUUACAUUUACUGUCCCUUGUUGGUCCAAAAAUUGCGAAAAUGGACACUGAUUUCCGCAAAGCAAUCACGGAACAGGAAAGGCUGCUGAUAACAGUGCGUUAUCUUGCGACUGGAGAGACAUUUACCAGUCUCCAAUACGUGUUCCGGGUGUCGAGGCAUGUUAGCAAAAAAGUUAAAGAGACGUGCGCAUGUCUUAGCGAGGCUUCAAGCUGCCAACUUCUUCGUAUACAAGCAUCGACCAUACGGUCAACAACAAAGAACAAUACGUGUCCUCUUGCUCUUACAAUGAAGCGACAUUUUUACCUCGAAUUCCUAAUGUACAAAAUCCUAGAAUUACUCCAGUGGUUCUGCAAUCUGAUGCAGUUCCACCGAAUGUUGCUAAUAUUACGAAUGUUGGAAUGCCACAAAUUGCUGUAGAAUCUAAUUACCAGCUACGACAACAAACAACUCCGAUAUUCUAUUGAUAACUUGUUCUAGACUCUUCCAUCCACUGCGAAGUAAGCGCUUCAAGAAUUGCAAUUUGGCCUCGAAUGGGUAUGUUGAAAUGGCCGAAAAAGAACGAAAACGUUUCACUUCUUCAUAUACGUGUUGCAAAUUGUGGAUGUUGAUGCUCAUAUAUUGUUCGUCGUAUACUAUGGGAAAAUCGGUAACAAAUUUAUCCAGUAGUUGUCCAGCUAGCGCCCAUUUUUCUUCAUAAACUUGCGAUGAAAGCAGUGUCACCCCACAAAACAAGAGCAUAAAAUGUUCGUACACGUUUUCUGGAAGAUGAUCUUUUAACACCACUAUAGCUGGAUAAUGCAGAAAAAAUGCACAUUCUGAUCCCUUCCAGUACUUAAUGUAUUUGAUCGGACGCUGCUUUCGGUGCACUUCAAAUGGCUGAUGGGUUUUGUCCAAUGCUGCCGAUAUCUGCGCACACUGCCUUUCAUUCCAUGCUUUUAAACCCAACUUUCCGUCUCGCCAUCCCAAAAGCAAACGCUUUACGAUUCCCAGGUCGAUCAGAUGUAACCGAUCUCCCACAAUGAUAUCUAGUAUUAUGUCUAAUUGCACCAAGUUCAAAAGUGGCGUUGAAGAAGUACGGUGUCCAGGAUAAUUGUCUUCUUCGAAACUUUUGUGAGUUCUUAGGUGCGUUGAUGCCAGGAAACGUCAUGGUCUUUGACUUCUUGUUAUAAACACCUUUCGCAGUGCAUUUCAAACAUGAAGCGUAACCGGUAUGACCUUUAACGCCUAAAAAAAUUAA